CAGUAGGAGGCCACUUGGGCCACCGAGAGCGAGCAGCAGCGAGCGGAACGCAGCAAUAUGCGAGUGGGCGUGCGGUUGUGAAUUUUCCGAGAGUUAUCUAUAAUAAUAAUAAUCAGUAGGAUUGAGAAGAAGAGCGUCCUUCGGUACUCGAGUCACUGUUUGCCUUAAAAUCUGCGAGAAGGUAGUACCAGUGAAAAUGAACAAGAACAUGAACUCACCGUCGAAACUCACGGAGUUCGCUCCGUUGAGCCCCGAGGAGAGCCAACCUGGCGUAGCAUCGCUCUUCUCAAAGUUCUUCAACUUCACCAGAAAUUCGCCCAGUAUUAAUGAUUCUACAGUAUCUUCCAACAAUGACGAGCGUAGCUCAUCGGAUUCAGAAUCUUGGAAGCAAUCAGAGAGCAUGGAACAGACUCCAGACGAUGAUAGUACCAGCAUGAUGAAUUUUCCGUUGGACAGCAGCGAAGGUCGCAGUUUGCCCAACGUUCUGAAACGUAUCAGCAACAUCGUGGCGUUGAAGAGUAAUAACCUACGGUCGUACAAAGAUUCUCAAUUGAGGAAUUACUGGAUGCCGGACAGUGUGAGUAAACAAUGUUACGAGUGUGGCGAGAGAUUCACGACGUUCCGGAGAAGACAUCACUGUCGCGUGUGCGGGCAAAUUUUCUGCUCGAAAUGUUGUUCCGAUCAGAUACCAGGGAAAAUUAUGGGGUGUACUGGAGAUCUCCGAGUUUGUACAUAUUGUUGUAAAGUAGUCCUCUCCUACCUGCAAUCGUCGGACAUGAGGAGUGAUCUAACGGCAGAUCUGAAAGCACUGCAGGAGGAUCUUCAGGUGAAGUAUGGAAACGAUUCGCCGCUGUUGACGCGAAAACACACCAACGAAUCGAUGGGCGACGAAAUGUCGAUAAGUCGGAAACCUAGCGUGGGAUACAUGGAGGAGAAUUACGCAACUGGAAGAUCGGGCAACAGUUAUCUGACGUCGCACGAGCGAUCCCUUGUGCUGCAAAAUUCUGCCUCCUUGAGGAUGAUCUACGAGGAGCUGUUCCGAUCUAGUCAAGCCAUUACUUUACAAACUCAUCGGAUCCGCUUGAAGAGCUAUCACAACUGUUUCCUGGCGAACGAAUUAGUAAACUGGAUGAUAGCCCAAAAUAAGGCAGCCACCCGCGUGCAAGCAACCGCGAUAGGGCAGGCGCUGCUAGAAGCGGGCUUCGUCGAAUCGGUAGUUGCCGAUAACGUGUUCAGCGACUCGGUCACCGUGUUUAGACCAGUGCAGCUAUCUUCCUUGCAAAGUAUGGACCUACUUACGGACAAGCGAGCGACGUGCGACGCGCAAGAGCCGGCGUGGGUGAAGACCAUUCCUCAGCACGACUCGACUACGGAUUCCGAGAGUGAGACGAAGCCGACGAGUUCGCAGUCACAGACUUUCGGUCGCUUACCGUCGUCCAGCUCGAGCUUUUACUUGGAUCUAAACCUGGAGGCGUCCACCGUCACGCUGAAGAGACCGACUUCGGAAGACCUAACGGCGAUCUCUGUCGACAGCAGCGACGGGAUAAUUGAACAGAAAGAGAUCAAUCUGAAACCGCACGAUUGUAAUCUCAAGAUAUGCGACGACCUGUUGAACGACACGCUUCAGGUACACGAGUUCAAGGAGAAGAACGGCUGGCAUCGUGCGACAAACUUGAGGACGGCCUUCGGAGAGCUAAGCGCGUACGAGGGUCUAACAUCCGCAUACAAGGCGCACGAAGACUCGCUCAUCAAACAACUCCUCAGUAAGGAGGGCUUGUCGCAAACGUGGUCGACCACGAUACUGUCUAUCGUGCAUCAGAUAGUCGAUCACGUUAGGCCGGAUUUAAAUCACGACGCCGAGAAUUUGGACAUUCGACAGUACGUGCAAUUCAAAAAGUGUCCCGGCGGUAGCAGGGACGAUUGUGCAAUCGUAUCCGGUGUGGUCUGCAGCAAGAAUAUCGCGCACCGCGGGAUGAACGCCAUGAUCGCGCAUCCCAAGAUCUUGCUGCUGCAAUGUGGACUCAUGUAUCAGCGCGUGGAGGGCAAGUUGAUAAGCUUGGAGCCUGUCAUGUUGCAGGAGAGCGAGUAUCUGGGACACGCGGUGGCGAGGAUCACCGCCUUGGGCCCGGACGUGGUGCUCGUGCACCGCUCCGUCGCCAGACUAGCCCAGGACAAGCUGAGAGAAUGCGGCGUGACGUUGGUUCUGAAUGUGAAGCUCAGCGUGCUCAAGAGGGUAGCACGAUGCUCGGGUGCCAGCAUCGUCAACACCAUCGAUGCGCAUAUAAACGCGAGGUACAUACUCGGCACCUGCAAGAAGUUCUACCUGAGGGACUUUCCGGAUGACCGAAGAGGCGUAAAGACGCUGAUGUACUUCGAGAACUGCGCAAAUCCACACUUGGGCGCGACGAUCUUAUUGCGGGGCGGUUCGCAGACCGAGUUGAAGAGAGUGAAGAACGUCACCUCGAUGAUGAUCUUCGCGGCUUAUUCAUGGCGCCUCGAAAAGUCCUUCCUCAUGGAUGAAUUCGCGAAACCACCGUCACCCAAGGAUAACUCGUUUCUGGACGAGGCAUCGCAGAAGGAUUUGUCGAGCCUAGAAGAAUCCGAAAAAGCCAUGAAUCAAGCUGAUGAGCAUGCGCAAUCAACGGACUCAAAGAGGUUGAAAGCGGACGAAGAGCAUGACGAUGCGUCCAACAGCGGGCAAAACGCCGCUGCGAUUCGAAGUACGCCCGCGAAGAACGAGGACGCUCACCGCUCCGAGAAUAUUUUAAACGCGGAUUCUUUGAGGGAAGUGUCAUCGAUGCUCUCGGAAGAUUCCGAUCCUUAUGAUACCUUGAAGUUGUUUAAGGGUAAAUCGAAGCCGUCUGUACAUGAUCCGAAGGAUUCGAAGGAUCUGGAGCCAGGAUCUUGCGAGGGCGAUACAGUUAAGGACGAUAAGCCCAAGGACAACGUCUCCGUUCCUGAUACCGAUGCAAAAGAGCAUAAUAAUACGUUGGAGCUAUUCACGAGCAAAGAGGGUGCGGGUGUCGAGCAGAAACCCAACGAACUCCUCGAGAAAGCGAAGCUGAAGGACAGAGUAUCCUCUGACGAAAAACGCAUCUACGGGGAGUCCAUAAGCGAUCGAAGCGACCCGUUGCAUCAGUAUCUGAACGAGGAUGAGGAGGACGUGUUCAAUCACACCAGCCCGAACGGGCAGCGCCUGAGCGUCGCCGAGUUUCCUCUAUUCAACAAGUUCAAGAAGGCGCUCGAGGGCACCGUGCUCAGCGUAUCGCCUUAUCUCAAGUUCUCCAUACCGUACUUAGAGACCGAGCCCGGACGAAACUGCGUGCUGAGGAGCUUCUUCCCGCGCGAGAUUUACUACUCGACGCAGUUUCUCGACAAGGUCAAGGAGACCCGGACAAACAGCGUGAGCGUGAACGAACAGCUCGCAUCCGAGAACCGCGAGCGGAGCAGCGCGAAGCUAAAGCCGCAGCACCCGUUCGUCCAGGCACGGCUGACUACAAGCAUAGACAGCCGCGACGUGCAGAGCAUGCUGGCGAAUUUCCGCGCGUGCGGCAGCAGGCUUACCCAGACACACAAUGUGCUGCUGGACAAUAAGGUGCAGCAGCAACAAUCGGCACUGACCGAAAGCAACGAGCAAGCCACCUCGGCGUGGCCGGACUGCCUGGAUCCCAGCAGUCACCAGCGAUUAUCCGUGCUGUUCUGCAGCUUCUCGCACACCGGCAACGACACCCCAGCGUUCUGCGUGAACCCCUGGGUCGUCAACAUGAUGAUGUACGGGCAGAACGACAUCGCCCUUGGCCGUUUCCUGGAACGUUACUGCCUGACGACCGAGUACAAGUGUCCGGCGCAGGCGUGUCGCGCGCAGAUCGCCCAGCAUAUGCGACGCUUCGCGCACGACGGCGGCUGCGUCCACAUCAGCCUGAGCGAAAUGAGCUCCGAGCCGUUCGUGCAGGAGAACACCGAUCAGAUCCUGAUGUGGAGCAAGUGCGUCAAGUGCAAGAGCGUGUCUCCCGUAGUGCCCAUGUCGGCAGACACAUGGUGCCUAUCGUUCGCCAAGUACCUGGAGCUGCGCUUCUACGGUGGCGUGUACACAAAACGCGGCAUGGACGCGUGUCAGCACUCCCUGCACCACGAUCACUAUCAGUAUUUUACGCGCAAAAAUAUGUUAGUCGCAUUCAAGUUUACCAGGAUCUCGCAGUGGGAGAUCUCGCUGCCGCCACCGUUGAUCAACAUCAUUUACGACCCAAAGCAACAUGCGAAUGUGAUCGAAGAGAUGAAGAGCGUGACGCUGAAGGGCGACGAGGUGUUCUCGGCGAUCAGGGAGAAAUUGAUGAGCCUGCAGACGGAUGCGGAGAGCCUGAACCUUGCCAAGCAGCUGAUCGCCAAGGAUCAGCAGUACUUCAAGAACAAGAUCGAGGAGAUCCAGCUGAAGCUGACGUCGCCGACGUUGGAAAACAAGAAGCUCGAGGGCAAGGCGUCCGAGAAGCAAGUACAGACGCUGAUGUUCAGGAUCGAGGAUGGCAUCGUGAUUUUGAGACGGCUCAUCUCCGAGGCCGUGUUUACGUGGAGCAGCAAACUGUCGGAGAUGGCGGCCAAGAAGAAGGACGAGCGACCGCGCCGGUUCACCGAGCGAUCGCUCACGGCCGGCAGCAACAGCCUUGUCGACACUGAUGGCUACAUCACCGAGGACACCGCGUCGGAAUCGCAGGUCGAGGAUUUGAGUCCUAUGUCGGCCGACUACAACGCGGCGGAGGCGAUCACAGCGAUACCGACCGACUUCGAGGCGAUCGAAGCGGUUGAAAACUUGGACAACGAAUUGUUGGAGUCCACCAAUAAUCCUGAUGAGACAACCGUUGCUCAAGGUUCACCCAAGAUGCACCAGCGUUCGUACUCAGACGUUUUGCCACUGUCGUCAGACGACGUGCCCGACAAGAAGAAGAAGAAGAAGACGAUUCUAUCACAGCUACUGCCGUCCGUUUCCGUGAGCCACACGAUACCGAAUCCUCUGGGGCCCUUGGAACAUUAUCUGCUGCCGCUGGGAUCCGUUGUUCCUGUAGUAGUAUAUGAAUCCGAGCCCUCGUCCAUAAUCGCGUACGCGCUGGACUCGCACGACUACAAGCACGCGCUGCAGGAGCUGCUGCGUACGACGAAGGGUUCGGACUCCAAUGCUAGUCCGCUGAGCAAACGCAAGUUUCCAGAGGGCAAGGACAACACGCUUGACCUGACGCAGUCGAGCGACUUCAAGCGGUCGUCCAUGCUCUCCUUCUUCCGCGGCAACAGUCCCAAUCUAGCGGCCAAUAGUCCCAUCGAGUCCGACAAGAACGUGGCGAGCGUGGAGUCGAGUAGCGGCGCCGUCGGCCCCGACGUCGACGAUGAGAAGAAAGCGAUCAAGCAGCAGAACUACAUCGAGGUGCAGUUUAACGACGCGACGACCAAUUUCUUCUGUAGGAUAUACUUUGCCGCGCAAUUCGCCGCUCUGAGGGAGAGCGUCCUGCCCUGCGGCGAGGACGGCUUCACGAGGAGCCUGAGUCGGAGCGUGCAAUGGGCGGCGAGAGGCGGAAAGAGUGGCAGCGCCUUCUGCAAGACCAGAGAUGAUAGAUUUGUCAUAAAGGAGAUGUCCCGGCUCGAGAUGCAGAUCUUCCUCGAUUUCGCGCCAAACUACUUCACCUACAUGGAGAAGUGCCAGCUGACCAAGCAGCCAACCUUGCUCGGCAAGAUAGUUGGUGUGUACCGCGUGUCAUUCAAGAACAACACAACCAACGCGGCUCUCCGCACCAGCGUGCUGGUGAUGGAAAACCUGUUUUACAACCGGACCAUCACCGAUAAGUUCGAUCUGAAGGGCUCCGUGCGGAAUCGAUUGGUGAAUCCGGACGACACGUGUCACGAGGGCGACCUGGUCUUACUAGACGAAAAUCUGUUGAACAUGAGCUGUGACUCUCCCCUGUACAUCCGAUCGCAUUCCAAAGCAGUAUUGAACCGAGCAAUCGAGCAGGAUACCAAGUUCCUGGCAGACAACUCCGUGAUGGACUAUUCGUUGCUGGUGGGCUUGGAACCGAGUUCUGACGAGCUCGUGCUCGGCAUAAUAGAUUACAUAAGAACGUUCACUUGGGACAAGAAGCUGGAGACCAUGGUGAAGAAAUCUGGCAUACUAGGCGGCCAGGGCAAACUGCCGACGAUAAUCUCGCCGGAGGAGUAUCGCGCCAGGUUCAUCGCCGCGAUGCAUCGUUACUUUCUGCCGGUGCCGGACAGAUGGUCGGGUCUGGGCAAGAGCGUCGAGAUACCAUCCGAGUCAACAACGUAAUUAUGCUAAAGAUUGAGAUUCGCAUUUUUCUACGCGGUGCGAUCGUGCGACUGAUCGCAUGUAUGUACAUACGAAACGGUUUUUCUACGUAUUUUCGAGGAGCGCGAGCGUGUUGGCGUUACACGCGUUAUUUGGCUGUUAUUUUAUACAUUGUAACAAAGCGUGCUCUCUGCGGCGAGGGGCACGCCGAUGGAAAGUCGCGCGUGUGUGUGUGAUAUCGUCCGCGAGAUACCGGUUUUUAAUAUCUCGACUAGAGCGCGUAACGUAAAUCAAUAUCCCGGUUUCUCGCGCGGAAACUUCUAUGGCUGUUUGUAAAAUAAAUUACGUACGCACGUAUUAUAUACCGAUAUAUAUGUAUAUGUAUAUGUAUAUAUGUGUGUGUAUAUAUAUAUAUAUAUAAAAUAGUUAAGCGCAUGUACAUAGUACAACUCUUUUGCAAUACGUCUGAAAAGCGGUUGCUGCUUACUGCCCGCCGCCCCAAGUUCGAAAGUACAAAAGGCACUCAUGAAAACGUAGACAGCAAGGCUAAGAAAGCACCAUUAUUAAUAUUUUAUUUAAUUCUCCAAAAAUUCUUUUUUAUGUACACGUGACUAUUAUUUUAGCCGUUGUAAUAGUCAAAUAAACAAUAAUCGUAAUUUCAA